CUCGCGUCCUAGACACUUGUACAUAAUGCCGAGGUGACAUUUCUGUUUAAUUCGAACAAUCUGAGACUUAGGAUCUCUUGAUAAAAAUCCACACCCUUCGAAAAUCAAUCGAGACCGAAUCAUGGCCAGAUCUCCUGCAGUAGCCUCGCCAGGCGCUCGACCUUCGAAGCUACCUGCCGCGAAAGCCAAACCGAUCGCUGCUGUGCAGGCUUUAGACCUCAAGUCAGCGGCUUCCUCACCGCGAGGCUCUGAUGACGAAGCAGCGCCUGAGGAUCUUGCGGAGAGACUGAAUUGGGAAGAGAAACAUAAAUACGUCAAAGAGAAGGCGAUUGGCGAGGGUACAUACGCGAAAGUGUACAGAGGCCACCUGCGCACCGACCCUAAAACACUGGUAGCAAUCAAGAAAAUCAAGAUAAUUGAAGAGUUCAAAGAUGGCAUCGCUCCCGCCGCAUUUCGAGAAUGCAAAUACCUCUCAGAGCUCUCGCACCCAAAUAUAAUACACCUGCUUGGUGUCUUCACUUCGAAAGACCAGAAUAUCAAUCUCGUUCUCGAGUACUUGCCCAUGGGCGAUCUCGAGGCCAUCAUCAAGGCCAAGAACGAGCUGAGAUACGGCGCAGCAGACAUCAAAGCCUGGAUGCUGAUGGUCAACCGGGCCGUGUGGUGGUGCCACGAAAAUCACAUCUUGCACCGCGACAUUAAACCAAACAACAUAUUCGUCGCCGCCGACGGAACCCUCAAACUUGCCGAUUUUGGUCUUGCGCGCUCGAUGGUCGAUCCAGAUCCGAACAGACCGAUGACCACAAACGUCAUAACCAUGUUCUACCGACCGCCGGAACUGCUGUACGAAACGCGGUUCUAUUCGGGCAAGGUCGACGUGUGGAGCGUUGCGUGUGUACAUGCGGAGUUGCUGCGAGGAGACUUUUUCCUCCCCGCGGAGCGGGAGAUCCAACUUCUAUCGCUCAUCCAAGACGUCUUCGGGCAUCCUACAGAACGCAACUGGCCGGGAGUGUCCAAGCUUCCCCGUUGGAGCGAACUCACGGGCAACUCCGCUCAGUUCACACCGCUCAAAACUAAGUCGCAACUUAUGUCUACUUGGAGAACUAGCGACGAGAUAGAGGGCGAUCUUUUGUACCACAUGUUCCAGCUGGAUCCGCAGAAAAGAUACAGUGCGCGUCAGGUUCUGGAGCAUGCCUACUGGACGGCAAAGCCGCGGCCGACGGAAACGAAGAACCUGCCCAAAAAGGGAGGCGGAGAAGAGAAGUUAGGCGAAGACCUCAAAAGAAAGGGUGGCGAGAUUGACACGGGUGAACGUUUUGAUAAGGUAGCAAGACGUUUAGAUUUCGGGGCGUGAAGGCUUCGAAACCCGGACACAGUCUUCAUACGCGGACCUGACUCAAGCCAAUAUCACACUUGUUGAACCCGUCUAUGUAGACCCACCACUGCCGACUUCAGGCCAUUGAACACAAUGUUCGUUUUCACUUCGCGGAGGGACGAGAUGCCUCAUCUUGGCAGCCGUUUGGCGACAACAUUGGUUUACUAGUUUGGUAGGGAAGUGGUUCAUGCGGAACUGGAUCUGGACCAUUCUCCUUCUUGAACAGAUCAUCCCGUCCAAUACCCAUGCCGUGCUUCUCUGUACUCGUCAACAGCACAGUCGAGCUCGACGCACGUCUCCCGGACUACCUCGCGACAUUUGUGUUCGGAAAAUCACCAUAAACUUUGGCAAGAAUCAUCGAGCUCCCCCCAUCACGUCCCGUAUUCUUCGCUGUCUGGGACCUGGUCGGUUGUUUGUUCCAUCUUCUCUCGCAGCCCGUGAUUCGUCGUGCCGCAACAGCUAUAGAUCCCAGACAAGCUGGAAGCAAAUCGACAGCAUCAGGCAUCGCCAAUGACCGGAUGCCCUACGAUACGACCGUCCGCACGAUGUUUUGGACGCAGCGCUCUCGCGAUGACAAGCCUUAAUAGAUCGAUAAAAGGAAUAGAAACCCUGAAUAGAAACCGCUUCCCGGCCCCUCCUCUACAGGGUGCGGAAAUCAAUAAAAGAGAGAAUAAAAAGCCCCCGCUCGCUUUCUGGAACGUCUUGGCCACCACCGAAGCCCUUUGCGAAUCCGAUUGUGGAGGCCUCCCAUCCCAGCCGACUCCCAGCCCACCGCGCGAACGCACCCACAGCAAACAGGCAGAAAGCACAAUUGCAUCACGCCCUCCUUGCCAAGCUAGCAGAAGCCCAGUAUAAGGCGAGCGGAUCGAGCGAAACCGCUAGACGCGGCGCGGGCGCUCGCCUAGCUGAACUUGAUUCUUUUUCAUUUAAUGCCCGGAUCUGGGCAGCUGCGCCGGCGGAGCCGCGUCCUGCUGUCGCUUGGCGAUUCCGCGGACGGGAGCGUCGUAGACGAAUCGCGGGCUGUUCACACACGGGCGAGGAAGCGUGUUCGAGGUGUGAAAGUGGAUGAGGAAAUAGGGAAAGGAAGGAAAGGAAGCGGUACGAAACGGAGAGGAAGGAGGCACCAGGAGAGGAAAUGAGGCAGCGUUCUGAAAUCCAAAAAGAAAAACUGUACAGAUUCAGGGGGGAGCAGCC